UGUGUGCGUGUGCGUGUGCGUGUGCGGAGGAAGAUGCUGCCGCUGCAGCUGCUGAGGGUGUCGGUCCAUGAGCGGAUCAGCGCCGCUGCUGCAGACUUUCUGCUGCUGCUGGAAAAAGGCAGAGAAGCGGCUGAGAUCCCGGAGCUGAGAGCGCUGCUCACCGAGCGGCUGACGGCGGCCGCGGAGGAGAUUGUCGGCCUGUUGGAGAAAACCGUGGCGGAGUACGAAGACAAAGCUGAGCGGGCAGAGCAAGAGAUGUGCCGCCAGAGGAAGCUGCUCAACAUCCUGCUGAAGCCCCAAGUCAGGCUGCACAGAGCAGUGAUGCCUCAGCAGCUGCUGGUGUGUAAAGAGGAGGCUCCCCCUGAGCAGCAGGAGCAGACCCCCAGCCUGGACCAGGAGGAGCCAGAGCCCCCGCCCAUUAAAGAGGAACAGGAGGAGCUGUGGACCAAUCAGGAGGCAGAUCUCACCACGUUCCCCUUCACUGCUGUGAAGAGUGAGGAUGAUGAAGAGGAAGCUCCGCCCUCACAGCUUCAUCACAGCAGCUCCACUGAACAGAUGGAAGCAGCCAGGAGGUCAGAUCCAGCUGCUGGUGUGGAGACGUCCGACUCCUCUGAACCUGAGACUGAAGACAGUGAGGACGACUGGAGAGCGAGCAGAGAGCCUCAGGCGGCUCCAGAGUCCCAGGACAGACUCCUCAGUGAGGACACAGCUGACACCCCCACAGAGUCCACUCAGAGAGCAGACAGGUGACCUGCUCAC